AACGGGCGUCGGACAAGAACACUACGUGACAGAAACAGGUCCAAACCCACAAAUCCAAUGGAGAAUCUCUCUCCUUUAAGCUCUGCAAAAUCUUCACUUUAGUGCCUGCGAGUCCCUUCCUUCUUCCUAACUUAGAUUUUAUCGAUCCCACACGCGCCCUUCACUUUCUCAGCGUCCAAACACCAUCUCAUAGCCUCAAUCUUUUUCAGAGAAGCCUCUCAUCACUUCUUUGUUUAUGGUUUCAAAACCAGGUUCUCCCGUCAAUGUUAAAAAUCUCAAAUUUAUCAAAAAAGCUGAUGUUGGUUUCUCAAUUGAGGUUCCUAAGAUACUGAUAUUAUAGCUUCUCUGGUUUUCCUCGUUUUAUUGGCAUCCAAACACCGUAUAAAACCUCAAUUUCGUCGAGAAGUGAGGAAAAGAAACGGAAAUCCGCCGACUAGAUAUCUCAAUUAAGCUCUUUACAGCCUCAAAUUCUCAAAGAAUUCUACUUGGGUGUUUCUUUUUAUCUCUGAAAAGGCUUUUUCAUGUUCAAAUAAUCUUCCUCUUCAUUGGGCCUGCUGGUAUUUUCCUUCAUUUCUCUUUGUCCAAACACCAACAUAAGACCUUUAGUUCGCCGGAGGAAGAAGUGUUUAAAUGGGGGUAUCUUUUAAGGUCUCAAAAACUGGCACUAGGUACCAUCCAAAACCGGUUAUUCUACCAGAGCCUGCUCUUGAUGAGAUUUCGGAGAAUUCCAAGGAGCGCUCUGUGAUUGGCUCGAAGAAUGAAUCCUCUACGAGACAGCUCGAGGUUGACUUAGUUGAGGGCAGUGAGGAUGUUUCCGGUGUUUCAAGUUCAACCAUCUCUGAGCAUGAAGUUUCAUUCACGUUGAACCUCUACCCUGAUGGAUAUUCUAUUGGAAAGCCUUCAGAGAAUGAGGCUGCACAUCAGGCUGUACUUCAAGAUGCUUCAAAGUUGUUGCAUCCAUACGAUAAGACAUCUGAAACUCUCUUUUUGGCAGUUGAGUCUGGUUGGUUGCCUGGAGAUAUUCUGGAUGGUAUACCAUGCAAAUAUGUUAACGGCACACUCAUAUGCGAGGUUCGAGAUUAUCGAAAAUGUGUUUCUGAGCAAGGGUCUAGUAUUCCACCCAGGGACGGGAUCCCUGUUGUAAAUAGAGUGCGCCUUAGGAUGUCAUUGGAGAAUGUAGUGAAGGAUAUCCCUUUGAUCUCAGAUCAUUCUUGGACUUACGGUGAUUUCAUGGCAAUGGAAUCCCGAAUAUUGAAAGCCUUGCAACCACAUCUUCUUCUAGAUCCUACUCCCAAAUUGGAUAGGCUAUGUAAUGACCCAACUUCCACAAAGCUCAAUUUGGGUCUGAGCAACUUGCGGAGAAAAAGAUUGAGACAGAUGCCCGAAGUUACUGUAACAUCUGGUAGCAGAAUCCAUGGGAAGAAAGUUUGUAUAGAUCGAGUGCCAGAAAGCUCAAGCAGCAGGUUAGGAGAUUCAGUAAUUAUUUCUGGCAAUAUGAUGCCACAGAGUGUCCCAGAGAAUCUGACUGCUCAAAACCUUGGCCCAAGCAACAUGUUAGCCCUAGGAGCAAGAAGUUUUGCACCUGAUGGCAAUGUUCCAGCACUACCAUUGGUUUCACAGCAAACAAGGUAUCAGAUGGGGGUGGGCACCCCUAGAAGUAUGCAGGAGCAAGGGACAGGGACUCAUGUUAAUAUUUCAGGAGCUUCCCCUGCUGGGCAGGACAUGAUGAUCUCAUAUGGCGACAAUAUGAAUUCUGGUGCUUCACUUCAUGGUAAGAGGGAGAAUCAAGAUGGGCAAAUUUCACCCUUAUCCAGUUUUAAUAAGAGAGCAAGGCUUGCCCCAGUGGGUCCUGAUGGAAUUCAACAGCAGCAGAUAGGCCUCCAUAUGGACAGCCUUCAUGCAUCCGAUGUGAACUGGAAGAUUUCUUUAUCACAGCACCAAGCAAUGGUAAGAGGAUUGCAUUUUGGUAAUGCAGACAUUCAGAAAUAUCCCCAGCAGAUGUUUGAAGGGGUUAUGAAUCAAAAUAGUGUGCCAACAUCGAUUUCUGCGGCACAGCCAGGUGUAAGGUUUGGUCCCAAGGAAGAACAGUUUGAGACAGGAAAGCUGGAUGGCUCAGAGCUAAGUCAGGGUAAAAGUGAUGUAACAGAUUCAGAAACAGGCCAUCUGGAUCCACAGCAGUCACGGCUACAGCAAAGAUUACCAUCUCAUCACAUGAGAUCAAAUUUCUCUCAGUCAGCAUGGAGCAAUCUCAGCCAAGAGUCAAGGAAGGAGGAACAACUCCAGAAGAGGAAACCAGUGCAGAGUCCCCGGUUGUCUGCUGGGGCUUUGCCUCAAUCACCAUUAUCAUCAAAAUCCGGGGAAUUUUCUAGCGGCUCUGCCGGUCCCCACUUUGGAUCGGUUGCAGCCAAUGCUGCAGUUGGAUCAUCACAAAAGGAGAAGUCAGCUGUCACCUCAGUUCCUACUGUUGGUGGAACCCCAUCUUUGACUUCCAAUGCUAAUGAUUCCUUGCAAAGACAACAACAUCAGGCCCAGGUUGCAGCAAAGCGAAGAUCUAAUUCCCUCCCAAGAACUUCAAUGAUGAGUGGGAUUGGCUCUCCUGCAAGUGUUAGUAACAUAAGUGUUCCAUUAAAUGCAGCUAGUCCUUCAGUUGGAACUCCACCUAUGGCUGAUCAAUCCAUGCUUGAAAGGUUCUCAAAGAUUGAGGUGGUGACUAUGAGGCAUCAACUCAACUGCAAGAAAAAUAAGAUUGAUGACUACUCUGUCAGGAAACCCAACACAUAUUCACAUCAAAAUCUUAUGGGUUAUCUCUCUAGUUUACCCAAUAGUGAGGAUGUGAAGGAUGAUGCUAGUGCAAGACAAUUAUCAAAGUCAAUUGUAGGUGGCAGCAUGAAUGUCUGCAAGAUGAGAAUUAUAACUUUUUUGCAGCCAGGGAAUGUUGGUUCUUACAUUCCUAAGUUAUGUACUAGAAUGAUCAUGUUAGAGAAGCCAAGUGAUGGUACUGUAGCAAUGCAUUAUGGAGAACCAGAGGAUGGUGAUUUCCUGUCUGUGGAGGAUUAUCUUCCAACAUUGCCCAAUACUCACUUUGCAGAUUUGCUUGCAGCACAAUUUUGCUCACUGAUGGAACAUGAAGGGUAUAUUGCAGAAGAUACUAUUCAACCAAAGCCUAUCCGCAUGAAUAUUGCCUCAAGUAGUCAUCCAAAUGCUGCUGGAAUCCCUCUUAGUAAUACAGCAGUCGAGGUGCAACAGUACAAUGAAGCAGUUCCAGUUCAGGCAUCCAAUGAAGUAAAGCCAAGUCUUAGUGGUAAUGCAUCCCUUAAUCCAUCCCAGAAUCUAUUAGCAAAUACUAGGAUGCUGCCUCCUGGAAAUGCUCAAGCCUUGCCAAUGUCCCAAGGUCUCUUGUCUACAGUUCCAAUGCCUACAAGACCACAUCAGCUAGACCCACAACCAUUGCUUCAGCAGCAACCACCACCACAGCUGCAGCAGCAACCACAACAGCAGCAGCAGCAAAAUCAGCAUUCCUUGAUUCAACAGCAUUCACAGUUCCAGAGGUCACCAAUGGUGCUUCCAUCUAAUCCACUCUCUCACUUGAACACACUUGGUCAGAGUUCUAAUAUGCAGCUGGGUAAUCACAUGGUCAACAAGUCUUCUCACCUCCAGCAUCAGCUGUUACAACAGCAGCAGCAACAGCAGCUACAACCACAGCAGCAGCAGCAACAACAACAACAGCAGCCACAGCAGCAGCAGCCACAGAUACAACAGAGGAAAAUGAUGAUGGGGCUUGGGACAGCAAUGGGAAUGGGAAAUAUGGGCAACAAUAUGGUUGGCCUAGGAGGCCUGGGCAAUACAAUGGGCAUUGGAGGUGCAAGGGGAAUAGGACCUGGAAUCUCUGGACCAAUGGCGCCUAUAUCGAGUAUGAACAAUGUUGGCCAAAACCCAUUGAAUCUGGGCCAAACUUCAAAUAUUAAUGCAAUAACUCAGCGUAUCCGUACUGGACAAAUGACUCCGGCACAAGCUGCUCUGCUGUCAUCAAGAUUUAUGGUACAGAGCAGAACUGGUAUGCUAGGGGGCCCUCAGUCAGGCAUAGCUGGGAUGUCAGGAGCCAGACAGAUGCACCCAGGUUCUACUGGGCUUUCCAUGCUGGGCCAGCCUUUGAACCGAGCUAAUACAAGUACAAUGCAGCGGAGUGCAAUGGGUCCACCAAAAUUGAUGUCAGGGAUGAACCUCUAUGUCAACCAACAGCAGCAACUGCAGUUACAACAACAACAACAACAACAACAAUUCCAGCAGCAACAGCAACAACAGCAACAGCAACAGCAACAGCAACAAUUGCAACAGCAGCAACAACAGCAGCUGCAGCAGCAGCAAGAUCCAUCCUCAUCACUACAGGCUGUUGUCUCACCUGCACAAGUAGGCUCACCAUCAACCAUGGGGAUUCCACAACUGAACCAACAAGCACAGCAACAACCCCAGCAGCAACCUAGUCCACAGCAAAUGAGCCAGCGAACCCCAAUGAGUCCACAGCUGAGUUCUGGAGCAAUCCAUGCAUUAAGUGCUGGUAAUCCAGAAGCUUGUCCUGCUAGUCCGCAGUUGAGCUCUCAGACCCUUGGCUCAGUUGGAAGCAUCACAAAUUCUUCAUUGGAGCUCCAAGGUGUAAACAAAAGCAAUUCUGUUAAUAAUGCAUAGUAAGUUGGACUUCCUGUUUCGAAGCUACAUCCUCUGAGCUAUUCUUUGACGGAAACUAAAAGCUAUGCUGCCACCAACACAUUGAAGCUAGUUGCAAGGAGAAAUUUCCUCUUUCGUAUAACUGAUACUAAUAUAAUUUGGGGGAUAAAAUAGUAUGUGUCAUGAUUAUUGCUUGCCUGCUUGGAGGAAAUUUCAUAUCCAGGUUUCAGUUUCAUGUAUUCAACCUGCUAAUGUGACAUGCGGGUAAGAAGAAACUUUGUGCAGUCUAAACCAAGUGAACUUUUUAAUGA